AUGGACCUCUUUUGCGACAAUAGCGACAGUGAGGUUGAGCCCUUCGGUGCAGAUCUAGUCGAACCCGCACCAAUCCUCAAACCCCGCAUCAUAGAAACAACAUUCCACGGCCUCCUCUCCUCGCCGAUAAAACUACAUGAGGACCUCGCCAAGGGUUGCGGUGGGCAGAUCUGGCCUGCUGGUGAAACGCUUGCGAAGUAUCUCUUACGUCGCUACGGGCGUGGCAAUAAUGGGUUGAGGGGGAAGAGGAUUGUCGAACUAGGUGCCGGGGGUGGAUUGGUUGGGCUUGCGAUCACGGCAGGGUGCGAUAUCUUCGGGAGCGAACUUUACAUCACGGAUAUGGAGGCCAUGAUGGAGAUGAUGGCGAGGAACGUGGCAUUGAAUGGGUUUGAGGACAGGGUCAAGGUUCAGCUACUAGAUUGGUAA